AAAUUGACGGUCGCUUCAUUAAUAACUUUGAAAAACAUGAAAUUCCAUUUUAGAACCCCAACCCAACUGUAGCUGCUCCAGUUGCUACCCACCGCCGUUCGAUCCUCCGUUCCGUUCCGUUCAACAAAACCCUAACACCUCUCUCCUCCAAAAUUCGAUCAAAAUGAUGAGGUUGCAGACAUACGCAGGUCUUAGUUUAAUUGCGACUUUGGCUGUAACAUAUCAUGCAUUUAACAGUAGAGGCCAAUUUUAUCCGGCAAUGGUUUAUCUAGCAACUUCCAAGAUCAGUUUGGUGCUUCUUCUCAACAUGGCUCUAGUCAUCAUGUGUAGUAUGUGGCAGUUAACUAAAAAGGUGUUUCUCGGCUCGCUUCGAGAAGCGGAGGUCGAGAGGCUUAACGAGCAAGCGUGGAGGGAGGUUAUGGAAAUUCUCUUUGCGAUUACUAUCUUUAGGCAGGACUUCUCUAUUACUUUCCUUGCUAUGGUUACAGCGCUGUUGUUGAUUAAGGCCUUGCAUUGGUUGGCUCAGAAGAGAGUAGAGUAUAUAGAGACUACACCUUCCGUGUCUUUGUUGUCUCAAGUUCGGAUUGUGUCUUUUUUGGGUUUCCUUCUUCUUAUAGAUGGGACGUUUUUGUAUAGAUCGGUGAAGCAUUUACUAGCUACAAAGCAGGCAUCGGUUUCGCUCUUCUUUUCUUUUGAGUACAUGAUACUAGCAACAACAACGGUAGCAAUUUUUGUAAAAUAUAUUUUCUAUGUCAGUGACAUGCUUAUGGAGGGACAAUGGGAAAAGAAACCAGUUUUCACGUUUUACUUGGAUCUUGUUAAGGACUUGCUUCACUUGUCUAUGUAUAUGUGCUUCUUUCUGGCAAUUUUCAUAAACUAUGGAGUUCCUUUGCAUUUAAUAAGGGAGCUGUAUGAGACAUUUAGGAACUUCAAAAUCCGUGUUGCAGAUUACUUACGUUAUCGUAAGAUCACUUCUAACAUGAAUGACCGGUUUCCAGAUGCAACCCCUGAAGAGCUUAUUGCAAGUGAUGCAACCUGCAUCAUCUGUCGUGAAGAGAUGGCUACUGCAAAGAAACUUAUAUGUGGUCAUCUUUUUCAUGUUCACUGCCUUCGAUCAUGGCUAGAGCGGCAGCAUACUUGCCCUACCUGCAGAGCACUGGUUGUCCCAACGGAAAAUGGUAGUACUGCUGCUGGUGGGCAGCAAAGGUCACAGUCAGAUGCUCAUCGGCAUGGGGCAGGCACUGGAAGCUCAGCUCAAAAUGAGGUUGGCAAUGGUGUGGCAUGUGAUAGUUUGAGUCGACAUCAAGCAAGACUUCAAGCUGCUGCCUCAGCUGCUUCAAUAUAUGAGAAGUCUUAUGUUUACCCUUCUCCAACUUUUGCUUGCCCACCUCCUGGUUACCCUCUUCAUCCCAUGGUUCAAAGAUCUGUGGUUGAAUCAUCUAAUGCCGAACUUGAUGGAGAACGAGAUCAAAGGAAACUCCAGAGUGAGAAACCAAAUGUUGACAAAAGUGUAGGCGAGGACACAUCAUUAUCAGAUAGCAAAGGCAAACAAAUUGCUGCCCCUUCAUCUGUAUGAAGUCAUGAUGAGAGUCAAGACAUCAAAGCAUAAUGUUUGUACUUAUUUAUUGCUACACCAUGCAGUAACUCCUAAUGUAUAUUCAUAUGAUAUGAAAUGAUAGAAUAUGAUAGAUUAUGAUUACUCACAUCAUGUGAAAUCAUGUAACUUAUUUCUGCCUAUAAGUAUGCAGCAAUUUUCUUAAACAAGUCCUAGGCCAAUGAAAGGAGACCAAACAUGUUUUUACCAAACUGAAAGGAUUCUUCAAGACUAAAUUAGAUGAUGUAUACUUUAUAAGUAUUUUGUUAA